AUACUUGAAUUAUCUUCGAACAUCUAUCCCCGUUCACAUUAGCAUGUGAUGAAUAAGAGGGUAGGUAGGAAGCGGGCAGUAGGCACCGAUUGUUUGACCCAAUUCUGAAACGGGAAAACCCAAUACAAAUAUCUGGUUGGAUUUUAUUGAUCCGAAUUGUGAUCGAGGAGAACCCACAAGUGUGAACUGACAUAUUUUGAGUUGGGCUUGAGCUGAAUUCGUUGAGAGAAGUUUAGUUUUUGUCUGGUUGGGUCGGGGGAUGCCUGGAUUGUGAAAAAGUUUGAAUCAUCCAAAAAAGGGGGGAGGUUGUGAUCAACAUAAAACAGGGGUAGAGGUGGGGUGUUUUGGGAGGCCGCAGUGGAUAUGGGAUUUGGUAUUGUUUGAAUAUGCAAAGUGGGUUUUGGGUGUAGGGUAAAGAAUUUGCGGAUGAAGCUCUUUUCAGAGAGCUUGAAUUUCACGGGGCCGGAGAGCAGUGGUACUAGUGAGUAUAUGCUGUUAGGGAAGCAGGUUGAAAUGGGUCCUAUUACUGCGAAGCGGAAGAGAAGUCCUAUUGCGAAGCUUUUGCUUGUGCUUGUUAUGCUGGAGGAGUUUCAGAGGAAAGAGCAGGAAGAGUGGGAUAAAACUUAUAAACUGGAGAGGGAGAUUUUUGAGAUGAAUUACAAGAGAAAAAUGAAAGCUAUGAUGGAUUACUACAAGCGUCUGCAAGACUAUUACACUGAUUUGGAUGAGAUUGAGAGGUGUAGGUUGAAGAGGGCGAGGUUUGCAGCAGCUGCUGUUGGAGCAGCUGUGUCCACUCAACAGAGUGUGCAGAGAAGACUUUGGGUGAAGGAUAGAUCUCAGGCCUGGUGGGAGCUGUGCAAUCAUCCUGAUUUUCCUGACUCUGAAUUCCACAGAUCCUUCCGAAUGAGCAGAGCUACCUUUGAUCAUAUUUGUGAAGAAUUGAAUUCAGUGGUUGCCAAGGAAGACACCAUGUUGAGAGCAGCAAUUCCAGUUAGACAGAGGGUGGCUGUUUGCAUCUGGAGGCUGGCCACAGGGGAGCCAUUGAGACUAGUGUCUAAGAGAUUUGGAUUGGGAAUAUCCACUUGCCACAAGCUAGUAUUGGAAGUCUGCGCUGCCAUCAGGGAUGUGCUUCUUCCCAAAUAUGUUGUGUGGCCUUCAGAUGAUCAAGCACAGACAUUGAUGAAAGAGUUUGAACGCAUUUCUGGUAUUCCAAAGGUUGUUGGGUCCAUGUAUACCACUCACAUUCCAAUAAUAGCUCCUAAGAUCAAUGUAGCUGCCUACUUCAAUAAGAGGCAUACUGAGAGAAACCAGAAAACAUCCUACUCCAUUACAUUGCAGGGAGUUGUGGAUAACACAGGAUGCUUUACAGAUGUGUGCAUAGGCUGGCCAGGGUCGAUGCCAGAUGACAGAGUAUUAGAAAAUUCUAUUCUUUAUCAAAGGGGAGUGAAGGGCUUGUUGGAUGGUGUAUGGGUUGUGGGUAGCUCCGGUUAUCCGCUCUUGGACUGGCUGCUUGUUCCAUAUGUUCAACAGCAUCUUACUUGGACUCAGCAUGCAUUCAACGAGAAGAUGGCAGAGAUCCAGAAAAUUGCAAAAGGUUCAUUCGGCCGGUUGAAAGGGAGGUGGCGCUGCCUUCAGAAACGCACAGAGGUAAAACUACAAGACUUACCGGCUGUUCUUGGGGCAUGUUGUGUGCUGCAUAAUGUCUGUGAGAAACAUAAUGAAGGAUUUGAUCCGGAUUUAGCAUUUGAGCUUGUUGAUGAUGAGAUGCAUCCAGAAACAUGUUUACAAUCUAGGAGUUCUAUGCAGGCAAGGGAUAAUAUUGCUCACAACCUAUUGCAUCACGCUCAUGCAGGCACAAGUUUUCUUUAGUUCAGUCAGAUAGUAUUGGGUAACCUUUUUGUGGUUUUACAAUUUCUUUUGUCAAUAUAUAACAGCACCUCGAGCUACAUUAUAAAAUCAGACCAAUCAUUUCUGCAUGUACAGUAAUCACAGAAGUCUUCUGUUUGCAUCUCGUUGCGAGUCAUCACAUAUUGUUGCUGUACCAUUUGUAACCCAGUAGAGAAUGACAACAUUACUUCAAGAUUCACAUUGUAAGGUUUCAAUGCCAAAGAUGAGGCCUUGGAAGAGAGAUUCAUUUCAUUCUUCUCAUUUUAACCUGUUACACAAAAUUCUUUUUACAGUAUGACUUCUGUUAAGUUCAGAAUUGUCCAAUUUAAGUAAUCCAAGCUUCUGAAACCAAUAUUUGUUGGUGUAGCAUUUCUGUUUUGUUCUUUGUAUUUGGGUUUUGACAACCCCAGUUGAGAAUGACAACCCAACAAUAAUAAGCUUCACUCUUUAAAGUUUUCUCUGGCAAAACUGAGGCUUUGGAAGAAAGAAGCAUCAUGUUCUUUGCAUAUUAAUGGGUACUCAAAUGUAUAAUCAAAUUGCGAAUUGAUAAGUUUGGAAUUAUCCUUUUUUAGUCCAA